CAGUGAGCCAUUUAACUUACAACUGAAACAUGCUAUGGAAGAUGUGAACCCCUGUUGUUGCCCAUGGUCAAAACAUUCAAGUCCCUGAAGGGGGUUGUUGCUGUGUAAUUGCAUCAAUUCUUUUGUAGGGCUUUAAACGUUAUGCAAUAAUGUGUGCCGGAUAGGUAGUCAUACUGUUGGCGGGAAUUCUGCCGGGACAGAGGGACAUGAGUGACAGACCGGCUGGAACGCAGCUCCCACGCCAUGACAAAUUGGCAACACCAAGACUGUCACUCGUUGCAAGCCCAAGCCCUGCCAAAGCAAGGCGAAGGCCUGCAACUGAGCGACCAUCUCUGUCCACCGCUGAUGUGGGACCGGUGAAGCUUCCAUCCGAGCUCUUCGCCCUUGCGACGAGUAGGAGUAUUCAGGGUGACCUUGCCCUCAGCAAAGCACUCGAUGGCAUCCAGUCAGCGGCCACGCGGCUGGAGACCGAACGUGCCAAGCUGGUCAUCCAGAGCCAGGAGUUGCAAAUUUGGGACAUGGCUCGGGAGGAGGAGCUCAUGCUACUCCGGGCCGAAAAUGAGCAAUUGGAGCACCAGCUAGCCACCGUCAACGAGAAAAUUGGCAAGGGACUGUGUCGCGACGGUGUGCUGGAGAGCCUCCAGUUCGCACUGCGGAAGGCACGCGCUGAGCGGGAUGCUGAAGUCCGUGAGUCAGACCUGCUGUUCAACCAGCUGCAGGAGGCGAAGGCGGCACAGCAGGAGCUUCAAGAGCUUCGCGCCGCUCUGAGCGCAGCCCUGUCCAGCCUGGAUGAUGAGUGGAACACUGCCUCGCUGCUGGCGGAGGCGGCACGGGAGCUGAAGGCCAGGGCUGACGUGGGCACCCAAGACCCCACCAAUCUGGGUCGGGACGACAUCGUCACGCUACUACGCGGGCUGGCGGCCCUGGCGUCGCGGGGCUCGGAGCUUCAGCGGGAAGCGCAGACGCUACGCGGCGAGAAUGCGGCGCUGCAGGACGCUCUUGAUGCAGCUCACCAGCAAGUGGCUGAGCAGGCGGCACAGCUGCUCCUGCAGCAGGGGAAGCUGGAAGACCAGGGGGUCCGUCCGGCCUCAGCCGAGCACCACAGGCCGGAUGGGGCGGCAGCCGUGGCGACGGCGUCGGUGCAGGAAGGGCAGCAGCGUGAGGCGGUGGUCUCGGGGCUUCGGCAGCAGGUUUCGGAGUUGCAAGCCAAGCUGAGCGAGUACAGGUCUUACCUGGCGGACAACCAGGAGGAGAUUGAGGGGCUGCAGAACGAACUGAAGCGCUUGCGUGAAGCGCAGCAACAAGCUGGGCCUGCCAUUGCUGGCCCAUGCAACGCCGGCCACGGCCAACCCGCGAGCCAAGGCCAUAGCCAUGCUGCGCAAGGCGGCCAUAGCCGCCAUGGCCCAACCGGCCGUACAGGCGACGCUGCGGGUGCUGGCAGCAGCUCCGGUGGUGCUGCCAACCAUGCAGCGGAUGGGUGCCCGAGGCCUGGGCACCCGCAGCAACAACCGCACCAGCAACAGAAGAAGAAGACAAGUAGCAGUCUACACCAGUCAUUGCAGCAGCCCAUGCAUCCACCGCAAAGCGUGUUGGGGACACCGACUCGGCACCUGCCAACCUCACCCAUCAGCACUGUCAACUACGGUGGCUCGCCACGACCCACGGGUUCACCAGCGAACCGCGGGUCGCCCUUUCACCAACAAACAGCCGCCGACAUCGCACAAAAGGUUUCGGAGCUCCAGGAGCUGGCAGUGCGCGCACAGCAGCAGGCUGCCGAGCGCGAGGCAGAUCUGGCCCUGCAGCACGAGCAACAGCUCGAGGGGCUACGGCAGGUGGCCGCAGCGGCGCAGCAGAGGGCGGACGAGCUCGCGGCGCUAGCCGCACAGCACGCUCAGCACUGCACCCAGGCGCGGGCUCAGGCGCAGGCGCGCGAGCUGGAGCUAUCCCAGCAGCACGCGCGCGCCAUGGCCGAGCUGGAGGAGCAUGCCUCGAAGCUGGCAGCCCAGCAUGCGCAGGCGCUUGUUACCCUGCAUGGGCAGAUUGCGCAGCUGUCGUCGCAGCAUGCGCAAGCGCUUGCAGAGCGCGAGGCGCAGGCGGCGCAGCAGCUGGCCCAGCGGCUGCAACAGCGCGAGACGGAGCUGCAGCAGCUUCAUGAGGAGGCGCUGGCUCGGCAGACAGCCCAAGCGGCGGUACGGCAGGCUCAGGCGCUGUCCGAGCAGGCCGCCAGGAUGGCGCAGCAGCAUGCACAGGAGCUCCGGGAGCUGGAGGCGCGGUUAUUGCAGGAGCAGGCAGAGCGGCAACAUGAAAUGGAGGCCCGGCUUGCACGGCAGUUUGCAGAGCAGCAGGUGCAGCGGGAUGCGGAGAUGCGGCGCAAGAACGCGGAGCGGUUGGCCGAGCAGGCCGCGCAGCUCGCGAAGCUGCAUGCGGAGCAGGCGGCGGCUGCGGGAGCUCAGCAUGCGAACGCACUGGCGGACCGGGAAGCUCAGCUGCACCGACAGUUUGAGGAAACUCUGCUGGAACGCGAGGGGCAGAUGGCUAACGCGCAUGCAGAACAGAUGAGUGAGCUGGAGGCCCGUACGGCGGCGCGGGCGGCUGAGGCGGCUGCGGAGCGUGAGGCGCAGCUGCAACUGCACUUUGCGGAGCAGCUGGCGGAAGCUCUGAGGCUGCAGCAGGGGCAGUUGACGGCGCAGGCGGAGGCGCGUCUGGAGGAGCAGUUGGCGGCGCAGGCGACUCAGGCCCAGAUGUCGUAUAUGGAAGAGAUUGGGAGACUGGCGGCGGAGCAUGAGGCGGAGAUGCAGCGGCGUGAGGGCGAGUUGGUUAGGCAGUUGGAAGAGCGGCGACGGACAGUGGAGGAGCUUGAGAUGUUGCUUGUGGAGGCACGCGAGGCUGCUGCUGCUUUUGCGCAUGCGCCAGAGACCGCUAGCGCGGGAAGCACUGAAGACGGCGAUGCUGAUGCUUCGACAGACGUGGGCAUAGCAACUUCUUCGAGUGAUGGCAGUACGGCAGCUGCUGUGGCCCUCGAGCAGGAGCUUUCGGAGCUGCGGCGGCAGUUGGCGCACGUAAGGGAGCAGCUGGAACAGCGGGAGGAGUUGUUGGCGCAGCGGGAGAAGCAGCUGACGCAGCGGGAGGAGGAACUGGAGCAGCUGGCUCAGCGGCACGCGCGGGACGUGGAUGUUGCUCUGGAGGAGGGCGAGCGGAGGCAGCAGGCGGCGGUCGAGGCGCUCGAGCGGCAGUAUGUGGAGGUCGUGGCGCGACUGGGACGGGAGCAUGAGCAGGCAAGCAUGGAGGCCCGUGCCGCCAGCGAGCUGCGGGAAAGCAACCUCCGACAGGCGCUGGAGCGGCAGUCGAGGGAGGCGCAGGAGGCGCGGCAGCAGCAGGAGGAACGCAUCCGAGAGCUGCAGGACCAGCUAGCAGAGAUGCGGACACUGCUGGAGAAGGAGAGGGAGGCGCAUGCGGCCGUCAAGGAAGCGCUGCGGGAGCGUGUGCAUCAGCUGCAGGGAGAACUGGACGCAGUGCGAAACGGUGAAGCGCAGCUGCAGCCCCGCAUGGCCGCAACCCCUGAGACCGCCCGCUCCUCGGGCAGCUACGGACAGUCUCCUAUCAAGUCCUCGCCUGGCCUUCCAUGGCGCGGGCUUCAGCACGCAACGCCCCCAGAAAACCAACCGCACGAGCAGCAACCGCAGGUGGCGGCUGAGGCUCCCCCGCUGCCAUCUGGUGGCUCUCCGACAGCAAGGCCGCCCCAGCACCAGGCAGCAUCCUCACAAGGCCACGCGAGCCCCAAGCAGCGCCUUCUGAGCAGCCCGCCCUCAGCUGCGUCCGCGCGUGAGGCGCCCAUGCAUGCGGCCUCUGUGACGCCCAUGCAGCCGCCCGCUGCCCAUGAGGGAGCGCCCCAUGGUUCUAGUUUCGCAGCGUCACAAGCCACAGAAGAUAGCGGCGCUGACGCGGAGCAGUGGCCCGACGGUGCGCCGCUGCUCUGGCCGCCGCAGCGAUCCGUGUCGCCGCUGAAAACACCGCGGUCCGGCCGUCAGGCUGGGCCAGCUACCCCUGCGACCGCCGGUGCCUCUGCGACACCAGCCGUGGGUGAUGCCGGGUCAGCAACAGCACGGUCUACGAGCCCCAAGACGGCCAGCCCCUCCUCGAUUAGCCGGCUGGCGCUUGCAUCCGCUAUGCCGCUAUACACGCGAAGCGAGGAGUGGGAUCGCAGCUCCCAGCAGGACUUUGCCUCCCGGCUGACCCGUGCCGCCAUGCGGGUGGACUCGGACGGCAAGAGCGACGGGCCGGCUGGGAGGGCCGUUGGGGCGGAUCGCGCGGGGAUGUGGGCCAGUAGCGAGAGCCUGGCUCCAAGGCAGGCCCUGCUGCAGCUGGCUCGUCUCAGCAUGGAGUCUGAGGGCGGGAUCAUGUUGGAUGUGAAUAGCAGAGGGGCCUCCACCGCAGCCACUCCAUCUAGCGUGGCGACGCCCUCGGCUGCUAGAGUGGCCGAGAGCGUCGAAGUGGCGAAGAGGGAGCCCGAUAACGCUGUGGAGCAUAGCCCGCGAGACCUGCAAGGGGCAUGGUUGGGUAGCGCAAGCCCGGGUGCGCCUCAAGAGGGGGUUUCGGAAGAGUCGGAAGGGCGACAUCAGGAUACCGCCAGCGAGCAGGUAGAGGAGGCGCAGAACGACGGUCCCGAUGAGGUGUUAGGUGAGGGUGCGGAAGGAGAAGCGGAUGCGGAGGAGUGGGAGGCCGCCUCCGCUGCUCCGGAAACCUCAGAGCAGGCGCCACAACCAAGCGGCGACGGCGGGAGAAGCAGCAGUGGCGGCGCCUGCUCCGUCAGCACUACGUCAUCGUACAACUCCGAAACCGAGUGCUACGUAGAUGAUGAUGACGAGGAGGAUGCGCAGCAACGUGGCCGGGCGCUGGCGGCGGCGCUGGCUCAGGUCAGAGCACAGGCGGCGCCAGCGGCGGCGCCGUCGCCGACCGCGCCCUCCCCCCCACAGGAGCUCCAUCGCCGCAGCAUGAACCAGCACCCACUGCAACUGCAACAGCAGCAGCAACAAGAGCCCAGCAGAGCUGCGUCGCCGGCGGGCUUGCCUGCUCCCUGCUUGCCUAGUUCCUCCAGCGUUGUGCCCGCGCCGGGGGCAGGCGUGGCUGCCGUGUCGGCAGCUUGCGCGGGUAUUGACUUGGAGGCGACCCUGUCUGGCCCCUUUCCGUUCAUCCUGCCUGCCCCGGUGUGUGGGCCGCAGCCGGUGGGUGCUGCAAACCACAACCAGGAUGCCAAAAGUUUGCGUCCCCCAGCCUCCGCGUCCGUGAAUGACGGUCAAGAGCACGAAUCGGACGCCCAAUCGGACGCGUUCAUGUUUGCUGUCCUUCCGCAGCACGCGACAGGAGGUCUGGAGACCUCAGCGGGUGCGCCAAAGCUACCCGGCGGCAUCAGCUGGGCAUCACCUGGCCGCAAGGGUGAUGGCGGUGGCUUACAUGGCGUUGGCGGUGGUGCUGCUGAUGCAGUUGGCGCAGUCCACGCGCAGCCUGCUUGCGAGACAGCGGCUGCAGACCUCAGCGCCAGCUUUGACUUCUCAACUGAGGCCCACCCCUCGGCGCCAGUCGUUACCGCGACCUCGGCCGGGGGGCACAGCCAUAGCAGCCCGGGCGCCGGCGAAGACGAAGGCGGCGCCAGUAACGGCAGCAGCAACUGCAGCUCUAUGGGGGGUGAGGUCGGGACACCGUUUGGGGGAUAUCCCGAGCAUGAGCCUUCGGUAAACCGUGGUGCUGGCAGUUGCGGUAGUUGGGGCAGCGGGUUGGCAGGCCCGGGACACGGCGAACACGAGUCUCCCGAAUACUCGGCGGUUGCAGCUUUAAGUGGUGUGGAUCGCCGGUCGUCUGUGGGUACGACAAACCUCAAGCCGCUGAUGCUGACUAACCCGCUAUACGAAGGAGAUGCGGAUGAUGAGUCAUCGCCUCCCUGGAGUACGGCAGAUUGGGAUAAUGAUGCUGCGGAGAACGGAAAUGGUCGGCCAAGGGAAGACGGCGUUUCAGUAACGUCCACUCCGCACGGCUGCGGGCCCCAGAGUCCCAGCAACCGCAACCCCAGCAGCGGAUGCAGCAGCCCUGCUGAGAACCCCUCCAGCGCAGCAAGCUCUGGCACCGUACUCACCGGUGACGAGCUCGAGGCCGACACGCCUGACCCAUGGGUCACAGACGCAGUGCCUCUCUCCAUGCUGGGCAGCAGCAGCGUGCACAGCAGCCUAUGCAGUCGAGGAGAUUCGCCUGGACGUUACCAGUUACCAGCUCUCCUCACAUCGCCAACGAGGACUACCGCGCACCAAACGCCAGGCAGCACUGGACCGCACUCUGGGUUUUCUGGCGCGGAUUGCUCAGAAGUGGAACAUAGAUGGCGACACGAGGCUGGCGGUGGCAGUGACCCACGGGUCGAUCACGACCGUAGUCGUCUGCCGCUCGACCGCAGGGCCGCUGAGAGCGGUGAGGCUGCGGCUGUUGGCGACCAGAACACACCCUGGAGAACGGAGGCAGGGGCGGAUGCGGAUGAGGUUGAGAUGCUGGCCGCGGGGAUAAGCCUGGGUAGCAGCGAGGUGCGGCGGCGGCAGCGGCGCCGCAUGGGGGACGCGCAGCCGCUGGCAUGCCAUCCAGUGGACCUGCUGCGGCAGAGCUGGUCUUUCUCACAUGGUGUGGCGACGCCGUUGUCGCCACGCUCCGCCAUGAACCACGGCCGGGUGCAAGGGCACGUGGUGGGCCACACGGAGCCCACAUCUCCCACGCCGCCCUCUGCAGGAUCCUGCAGCCGCAUGGGGGCCAGCAGCCCGGGCUCUGACACGCCGUCGCUGCAGCUGCAGCCGGCUCCGCACUCCCUCUUGCAGCUCGCGCAGGAAUCCCCCAGGCUCCUGUCACCAAAGCGGGUGACCAGCACACCCAAGCCGCCGGUCGACGCUACCCCAGCGCGCAUCUCCACAACGCCAGCCGGCCACACACCAGCAGCCCCAGGGCUGCUGCUAGCUGUCACCCAUGGCGCUUCUUCGUCCUCUCCUGGCUCCGGAACCGCCUCUGCAGCUGCCCAGGAUGGGGUGUCGCAGUCGCCCGUCAGCAGUCAGGAUGUACGGCAGCAAGGCCGAGCAGUGCUGGGCCGCGUGCUGGGUCGCGUGGCCCACCUGGAAGGCCACUGCAGGGCGCUGGCCGCUCAUCACGUGCCUGGAAGUGCCGCCGGCACACCGUGGCAUUCAUCCGCCGGGGCGGGACCGGGGCCUCUUCCUGAGGGUGAAGGCGGCGGCGGCGGCGGCGAGGGAUUUGCAACGAUGACCUCGGGCGCGUUCGAGGCGUUAGUCAGCGGGUUGCAGUUGGCAGAGGUUCAGCCGAAUUCCGGGCCUGGGGACUCGGCACACGCUGGGCAGUCGCCUUCACCGCCGCCUGCAUUAACAGCAGCUGUGGGUACCAGGGAUGGCGGCAGCACGCCUCCCUUGGAAGGCAAUGAGGCGUCAUCCACGGACGGCGGCAAUCAGCAGCCGCAGGAAGGCACUCAGCGGCCCGUGCUGGCAGCCAGCGUGUUGGGCGCUUUGGAGGAGCUCCGCGGGGAUUUGUUCGAGCUGGAGAAGCUGCACAGGCUGUCUUUGAAGAGCGCAGUGUCGACCCAUGGGUCGGUUGGACGUCCAGGGCUGGGCCCCCUGGCCCGCAGCCGAACCCCUGGAAGCGCCCCUGCGGCACAGGAAAAGGGGAGCCGCUCGCCGGACGGCGUUGCGGGACCUGGAGUGGCUGGUAGUGGCGAAGGCGGCAAGGCGCCAGGAGCCAUGCUGGCUGGCUCAAGGACAGCAGGGGAGAGCUUGGGCGGCACCGGAGGUGGCGAUGGCGGCAGGGCAUGGCAGCUGCACCCGCUCUCUCCGCAACAACAACCGGCCGCUAUGCCAGGAGCUGCGGGGCUCUCCACUUCGGCCGCCUUCCUUGAUGCCUCGCUGCUGUCAGUCAAAGUGGGUGCACCAGCGCGAGGGUCUAGCGUGACCGCAACCGUAGCUGGAGCCUUGGAACCCUGCUCUCCUGCUCUCCCAACGCCGCCGCCACACGUGCUUCAGGGGGCACCAGCAGCGGCAGCCCUUGCGGCUGCCGGCCCUGGCCUUCAGCCCGUCGGCAGCUCCUCUGCUCCCUCCACAACCGCUGCAGCUGCGGCUGCUGCUCCAUCCUCUCCUCCCUUGUCGCCGUCCUUCUCCUCCCCGCUGCCCGCCUCCUCCCUGGACCCGGCGCUAGUGAGCUUGCUGCAGGCGUCCAUCCAGACGCAGCUGCAGGGGCAGCUGGGGCAGCUGCAGGCCAAGGUAGAGGAGCUGCAGAGGCAGAACCAGGCGCUCAUGGCGGCAACCGGCUCCACGACACCGCCCUCCUCUGCUGCGCCGCGAGCUGAUGAUGGUGGCUCGGCCGCCUCCACGCCGGCGCAUGUUGCAACGGCGCUUGCGUUCGCGGCGUCGCCGACUGCCGUUGGGGCUGGAGUUGGGUAUGGGAACGGUGGCAGCAGGGGAGGAGAGGGCUCGGGUGUGCGGUGGUCGGCAGGGAUUGGGAGCGUAAUGUGGCCAGCGGCGCACGGUUUGGGUGUGGGCUUAGGGAGCGGUGAGAGUGGAAGCAGAGGCUUGGCGGAUAUGGGGAGGCUGUUGGGCGCGCCUCAAUCGCCAUGGGCGCGGUCGAGCCAGGCCGCGAACACAACGGCGCACAUGUCCAUGGAAGCGCCGGCUGGGCCAUUUAGCCCUGAGGAGCUAUCCCAGCUGCCACCGUCUUUGCAGCUUUUUGCACCGCCCCAGCUGCGUGCUGCAGCUGUCGCGGCAGCGCACGAUAGCGCGAGAACAUGAGGGUUGUACAUCGUGUACUACUACCGGUACGCUUUCGCCAUGUAAAUUACUUGUGGCCCGUUCAACUGUUGAGGAAGUUCGCUUCACAUCCAAGAGUGAAUUGCAUCGACACUCUUUUAAUUAGGAGGCUACAACAGCUGUCAGUGUUCUCGGGGUUUCGGUCCAACACAAACAUUUAGGAGCGCAAGAUAGGACAGCAAAUAGCCAUCAUGACGCAAUAGAUAUAAUGAAAAAACUGUUGCGUGCUGUCACCACAUCCACCGCUUCAUCGUCCGGAGAUGAGGAGCGGGCGUCUUCUAGGAUUCUGAAGCAGGUCUUGGGCAGCUUAAGGUCUUCUACCCCUACGAAGCAGAGAAGCUCACUGCUUGCUGUUGAAGGGAACGAUGCUGGCCGUAGGGAGUGCAGUUCCCAUCGUUCAUCGGCUCAAUGUCAGCACGCCCACGCAAGCCAGGAGCUGAACAGGGAUAGCCCUUCUGCAGUGUCGCCGUUAACUCCUCAAUCUACCGUUGCGAGCAUAAUAGAUGCGCCGUCGCCGCGCGAACAAGGCACCCUUGACUGUUCACCCAAACAGUUAGCGGAGGGCGAACCACAACAGCUGGAUGACAUGCAACAGGCUUACGAGUCAUGGGAUAGAUACUUGUCCCCCGCGGGACACUCGUUGGCGUUCAUGACAGCAGCGCCGGUGGAAAUUGUAGACUUUUCUACGGACCUCCUGUUUCAUCCCAACGUACAUUUGGACGACGAUGGUGCGCAGGAGCAAGAGGGUGACCCUGGCGACCCUCUUCAGUGCCCCGCUAUGUCCAGCCAUGCUCCGUAUAGCGAAACAGGCGACCAGCGCUUCACCUCAGACGCUGAGCCGCUCAGUACACAGGAUAUUGGGGACAACACGACCGCCCUAGAAGCUGCGCAAGGGCGGGACUCUUGCGGCGCGUUGUCGUCCACGACCUCGAGUUUGGUCAGCCCUGCACAUGCCGCAAUCCUUGCCAAUGGUCUUGCCCGCCAGCCGGGCGUAAACCUCAACAUAGACUACGGUGCGGAGAUAUACCUAACCGAUUCGGCACCAAUCGGCCAGGGACAGUUUGGUUCUGUAUACCGCGGGGUGUACGCUGGACAGUCAGUUGCCAUCAAGCUCCUACCUAAGAUGUUUCUGGGUGAUGCCAGCCCAGCCGACCUGGAGACGUUCAUCCAGGAGGCUGCUGUGCUGAGCGGGGUGGACCACCCAAACGUGGUCAAGUUCUACGGCGGUUCGCUCAGCCCGCCCUACGUCUUCAUCGUGGAGGAGCUGAUGGAGCGCUCCCUGGCCGAUGUGCUGUACAAGGCCCCGCGGGAGCCCUUCCCGCUGCGGCGGGUGCUCAGCACGGGGCUGGAUGUGGCGCGGGGGCUGCACUACCUGCACCGCUGCAACCCCGCCAUAGUGCACCGGGACCUCAAGCCGGAGAACAUCCUGCUUGACGCCAGUGGUACGGCAAAGAUCUCGGAUUUCGGGUUGGCUCGCUGCAAGUACCAGUCCUACGUGAAGACGAACCGGCGCGAGGCGGGCAGCCUUGCCUACAUGGCACCAGAGUGCUUCGACGCGCGCAUGGGGAAACUGACCGACCGGCUUGACGUUUUCUCGUUCGGAGUGCUGCUGUGGGUGAUGCUCACUCGGGAAUUCCCCUGGCAGGGCAUGCGCACCCACGAGUUCCUGCAGCGCAUGGUGAUCGGCGGCGGGCGGCUGCCGGUACCGCAGGACGACAACGUGUGUCCGCUGGCGCUGCGGCGGCUGCUGUCGGCGUGCUGGGCGGACAUGCCGGCGGAGCGCCCCUCCUGCGAGCAGAUCAUUAGCGAGCUGGAGCGCAUCCUCAAAUACAUGCCCGCGGGGAGCUAGGGUGGCGGGAAGGGUGCGGGCAGCGGGCGUGGCGGGGGGCUGCGCGGAUGGCAAGGCGGGGCAGGGGCCAGCUACCGGUAUGUGUCGUCUCAACAUUUGCUCGCUAGGAGACAAGUUACUGCUGGUGCUGCUGCCACCCGUGAAGCAUGAAGCAUGACUUGUUGGGGUCAGUUGGGCUUUGGUGUUUUGGGUUGUAUGGAGGGGCAGCAGAGGGAGGAGGGGGGCACAUGCGGACAGCAACGGCUUGUGAAGAAGGAAGGCAGGAUGGCUGGUGAGGGCUGGGGACUGGCGGGGAAGAAGGGUGCGCUGGGGAACAGCAUUUGCGGAGACUGGGGAGCCUAAUGGCUAGCUUGGGAUAUCCAGAGCGGGAAACAACAGUUCGAGUUUUGGGAAUUGGCGUCCUUUCGGCUUUGCGCUGCGAAACGCGCAUGGGCCGUGAGGGUAGAUAGCUGGUCGUUGGUGGUUGGUUGGCAGUUAGAAGUGGUGCAGUGACGGUGAUUCUGGUAACGGUACUGGCGAUCUUCGAUGAAUGCGAGCAUGCAGGGAACUUGGGAGUCCAGGGAUCGAGUGGUUGUAUCCUGUAGAUUAACAUAUGUCGCAUGAUGUUCUAUACCGCUUGAGCAAGAGAGCGAACGAGAUCGAUCCAAUGCCCAACGGUCCUCACUACUACGUGAAUCAUAUGUGAACGUGUGCAUGUCUCUUUUUCUAUGAUUUGGUUGAGAAAACGGAAGUUGAUUGGGCUUGAGAUGUGUGCUUCUGGAUUGUUACUCCUUGCAGUCCGUUCAUCAUUACUGGUGGUCGGCGACUUCGCGCUUUCCGGGCUGCAUAGGCUUGCUUGGUCGCACUGCUUGCACGUUGCUCGCUGCACACCCACUUGGCAAACGUGGUAUCAGGCGAACGUUACCACGUUACCAACGAGAAUGUGGAACGGAAAUUUCGUCACAACCGAAGCUCCUUAGUUAUCGUGACACCUGGGUAGUCGUGUGUCCCUGUGACUGGCCACAUCGUGAGCACCCCGGCAGAGUGCGAGUACGACGCCUGAGGAAGCAAUCGCUGCGUGUUGGAAAGCAGGGGCGCGUGUGUGUUUCUCAACUGUGUAGUUGGUAGCUCGAUGGCACUUGAGUUCGAGGACUUCAGUGGGGAGGACCCGUUCUUACACUAUGAUCACAGGAAUGCGGGAUUGGUUGGCCACGACCCUUAUCACAGCUGCACACGGCGGCUCAAAGGGAGAGCACUCUUGCUGUCUUGCGUGGUGGUAUGGAUUGGCUUGCUGGAGUAGGUUAGGAGGAUGAAUUGGGCCGGGAGCUGGCAUCCUUUGUUAGUUGCUAUGUCGUGUGGUUGGGAUUUAAGGAGAGCGUCCUUAUGUGUAAUAAUAAUAUAACGUGUGGGUUUUUUAUGAAAAGAUGGAUGAACUGGCUAGCUGCGUAGGAGCUGAUGGAAUAGGAGAGGAGCGUCAAGGAAUGCUUCGUGACUGGGCUGAAGGGGCUAAUGAGAUGUGUUGCCGAGUGCCGCGCCUUGCGUUGGAAGCCCCAGCGAGGGAAGUCGGGUGUGCUGCCAAUGGGGGCCAUGAGGCUGUUGCUGUGCGCGGCAAUGGCGCUGAUGAACGGCUUGCAGCAAGCGUAUGGCUGUUGGAAUUGAGGAGGGGGCAAGGAGUGAGCGAGCAGAUGAAUGCUUUCGCUG